AUGCCACGCUGCGCCGCCUGCGAGCUCGAGUGCCCGCUUGCAGCCUUCUCCGCGAUGCAGCGAAAAAAGGCGGAGCUCGCCCGCUGCAAGCGCUGCCUGCGAGACGGCCCGGCCGAGACUAUGCGGCGGCACGUGCUCGCGGCGGAGCCGCACGUCACGUGGGCGGCGCAGCUCGUCUCUUGCGUCCGUGAGGUGCCAUCGCGAGCCCAGCUCUUUGCGGCGGCCGACGGCAACAGCGACGCCGACUGGCGCUGGGCGCGUGGCACGCGCGGCCUCGGCAACCAGAGCCCGACAGCGGGGCUCAUGCCACCGUCCGACUCAGAGGAGAGCGACUCAGAGGAGAGCGAAGCCGAUGCGCUGGGUGAAGCGAUGGCUCUGCUGCAGCACGACCUCUCUCUCGCCAGCCGGGGCGCCCCGAGCCCGCAGGGCGCGGCAUGGGGCGAGGCAGCCGGCUGUAGCCUACUCGAGCGUGGCUCGGUCAACCGCGGCGAGGAUGGCAGCGAGGCCGCAGCGGCGGCAAAACCUUCGCUGUACGUCUGCCCGUUAUCCUCCUCCUCGGCGGCACUAAAGCGGGACCCGCUGUGCCCGAUCGUGCGGAAAGCCGCGCAGCAAUGGACCGAGGAAGAUGAGAACCCGCCUAGAGCGACAAUGGCGCACUUGCUUAGCGGCGCCUGCCCGGGGAAUAGGGAGCAGGCCAGAUGGUUCCUCAGAGUAGCGCGAGCGCAGACGGGGACGGCGAUCAGCAAAGUAGCGCAGGCGGCACCCGACUCCAAGGAUACGCUGAAGACGCUGAGAAUAGCGCAUGUCGCUGCGCUGAAGGGCUCACGCUAUAGGGUGCUGGAUGAGGACGGGUACGAUGCACUAGCACCAGCCGUCGGGGGGGUGUUGCCGGCGCUGGUAGAUGAUCUCCCGGAGAAGAGUCGGAGGGACCUUGGCGCCGGGGUCACGAGGAACUUGCAAGUCGUGGCCGAGGCGGCGACGGGAGCGGAAGCUCUUCGCUGGGUGGAAGGAGGCCCGGCCAGCCUUGAGGGAGUCGCGGAGGAGGAGGGAUAA